GACCGCAAGAGCAAGCUCCCUCACCCAGCUUUCUCUCAGCGUCCGUGCACCUACUCCCACAACACCUCUCCUCGCUCGAAGCAACACCAUGCGUGAAGUCAUCUCAAUCCACUUGGGCCAAGGCGGGAUCCAGACCGGGAACGCGUGCUGGGAACUGUACUGCCUUGAACACGGCAUCCAGCCCGACGGCCAAAUGCCGUCCGACAAGACGAUCGGCGGCGGCGACGAUGCGUUCAACACGUUCUUUAGCGAAACCGGCGCAGGCAAACACGUCCCCCGCGCCGUGCUCGUCGAUUUGGAACCGAGUGUGUGUGACGAAGUCCGCACCGGCACGUACCGCCAACUGUACCACCCGGAACAGAUCAUCUCUGGCAAGGAAGACGCGGCCAACAACUACGCUCGCGGGCACUACACGAUCGGCAAGGAAAUCGUCGACUUGGUCUUGGACCGCAUCCGCAAGUUGGCUGACAACUGCACGGGUCUCCAAGGCUUCUUGGUCUUCAACGCCGUGGGCGGUGGCACUGGGUCUGGCCUUGGCGCGCUCUUGCUCGAACGUCUGUCCGUCGACUACGGCCGCAAGUCCAAGCUCGGGUUCACCAUCUACCCGUCGCCUCAAGUGUCGACGGCCGUCGUCGAGCCGUACAACUCGGUCUUGUCGACGCACUCGUUGCUCGAACACACGGACGUGGCUGUGAUGCUGGAUAACGAAGCCAUCUACGACAUCUGCCGUCGCUCGCUCGACAUUGAACGUCCCACGUACACCAACUUGAACCGAUUGAUCGCGCAAGUGAUUUCGUCGCUGACGGCGUCGCUCCGCUUCGACGGUGCGCUGAACGUGGAUGUGACCGAGUUCCAGACCAACUUGGUGCCGUACCCGCGUAUCCACUUCAUGUUGUCGUCGUAUGCGCCGGUGAUCUCGGCCGAGAAGGCGUACCACGAGCAGUUGUCGGUGGCGGAAAUCACCAACAGCGCGUUCGAGCCGGCGUCCAUGAUGGCCAAGUGCGACCCGCGCCACGGCAAGUACAUGGCGGCGUGCCUCAUGUACCGUGGGGAUGUCGUGCCCAAGGACGUGAACGCUGCCGUCGCGACCAUCAAGACGAAGCGCACGAUCCAGUUUGUCGACUGGUGCCCGACCGGGUUCAAGUGCGGCAUCAACUACCAGCCACCGACCGUCGUGCCGGGCGGCGACUUGGCCCGCGUCCAACGCGCCGUGUGCAUGAUCUCCAACACGAGCGCGAUCGCCGAAGUCUUUAGCCGCAUCGACCACAAGUUCGACUUGAUGUACGCCAAGCGCGCGUUCGUGCACUGGUAUGUCGGUGAAGGGAUGGAAGAAGGCGAGUUUUCCGAAGCGCGCGAAGAUUUGGCUGCGCUCGAAAAGGACUACGAAGAAGUCAGCGCCGAAACCGCGGAAGGCGAAGGCGAAGAAGAGGAAGGCGGCGACGAAGGGUAGAUGAAGAGGUGUGACUAAGUCGAUAUAUGCAUUCCAACACGGUGUUGCCUUGGACUUGUCGACAUAUGGCGGACAGAGUCACAAGGACGGGAUGCCGUGUGAAAAAGCGC